AUGGCCGGUGAGGAUGAGAAGACUGCCGGGCCUGAGCAGCCCGAAAACCCGCCAGCUACAGGUGAUGGCCCUGUGGAAGGCCGUGUGGGAGCAGAUGACCGGGCUAGACCUACCACCCUCGUCGACAAGAUUCUUGCCGAGAUCCCACCGACUCCCCAAGCCCCGAAGUUUGCUUACGGUUUACCACCGGGCGUCCGGCCCCGCGGCCUCCCACUUCGGGAAAUCCUAGAGGGCCCCGAUUGA